AUGGGUAAAGGUAUGUGGAAUUAUGUUAUUGGUGUAACUACUCGACCAUUAGAAUCCAAAGAAACUGAAGCUGAUGUUGCUAAAUGGGAUAAGGAAAAUGCACAAAUUCUUACUUGGUUUCAUAAUUCAGUUCAAACCACCAUUGGUAUGAAUUUCUCCAAGUAUUUUACUUCUAAACAAGUUUGGGACUAUUUGAAAACUAUGUACCUUGAGUCUAACUUUGCCAAACAGUAUGAACUUGAGAUGUCCAUUCGCAGUGCUAGUCAGAAAGAUAAGUCCAUUCAGGAAUUUUAUAAUGAGAUGACUACUUAUUGGGAUCAGCUUGCUCUAAUGGAGCCAUCAGACUUGCAGUUACUUGACAGUUAUACCAAGUAUCGGGAGAAGCAACGUCUUGUUCAGUUUCUUAUGGCCCUUCGUGAUCAGUUUGAGCCACUUCGGGGCGCUAUUCUUCAUCGGUCCCCCUUGUCUUCUGUUGAUGGUGCUGUCCGUGAGCUUAUUGCAGAAGAAACUCGCUUUAAGGUGGCUCAUGGUACUCCUCAUUCCCAAUCAGUGUUUGCCACUCCUCCGCUCUUGCCAACCCCACCAUCUUCUUUAUUUCAAGUUACUGGUAAGCCCAAGCCUCGGGUUUCUAUGGAUGAGUGCAGCUUCUGUCAUCAGAAAGGUCAUUGGAAACAUGCUUGUCCUAAGCUGGUGCAGCCCAAAGGCCGUUCACCUGGUCCACCAUCCUCUAAGCCGACAUCUUCGGGAUCUCGCUCAUCUGCCGCCUUUUCUGCAUCAGUUUUUGAGAAUGGUCUAUCUUCCAAUAUGCAGUCUAUGUUUGAGCAGUUCAAGUCUUUCAUGGUGGCCAAUCCAACUCUUUCAUCCCAGGCUUCCGCUAUGACUACCACUCAAUUAGGUUUGUCUGGUUCAUCAUCCUCAGGUAAUAUCCACACUUCGUGGAUCUUUGAUUCUGGUUGUUCACAUCAUAUGACCCCUGUUGCAUCUCUCCUUAGUAAUUGUGUCUCCCCUCCUUCUCCUAUCACUAUUGGGCGUAGAGUUGGAGAACUAUAUAUCUUGGACAGCUUACAUGUUCCUUUAGAUGUGUCUUCUACUGCAUUGUCUUCUUUUUGUUUAAACAAUAAGUCCUCUCAUUUUAUAUUUGGCAUUCUAGGUUAGGUCAUUUGUCGAGUG